AUAUUUUAACUUGGGAUAGCUGCAUUUUAUUCUAACAAAGAACAGCACGCAGCGACUGUGUCAGGGGCAGAGAGAUGACUGGAGACGGAAGCGGGAGAUCUGCGCGGCUGCUACUCCUCCUUCUCUCCGUCUCUCUGAAUCUAAUUACGGGUUUAUCUGAGAAUCCAUCACCUUCUAAGGAUUCAACAACAGCUAGCAAUCACUCUAGUUCUGGUCACAAAACUGGGCUCAAGGUUCUCCUUGCAUGCGUUGGAGUUGCUAUUCUUUUAGUACUGUCCUUUUUCUUAUUCAAGAUGUGGCAGAAGAGAAAGAGGGAGGAGCAACAUGCUCGCUUGUUGAAGCUGUUUGAAGAGGAUAAUGAGCUUGAAGUUGAACUUGGUCUUCGGGAUUGAAAUUUUGUUUCCACUUGACAGUGUGACUCUUCUUUCUGAGGCUAGAUGAGAGUUGGGCACCUGAAGGUUCUACGAAUGUAAGACAGCUGUACCUUGAUCGAAAACUGUAAUUAGUGUAUUCUAUCAAAAGAAGUUUGUGGUUAGUGUUAACAGACUCAUAUUUCUGUUUCCUUGCCGAAGUAAAGGAUUUGGGUAGUGUACAAAUCAUUUAUCAAUUUUUUUUCCUUCA